UCAAUAUUCAAAUAAAAAUGUCAAUUUCGCAAAGUGUUCAAAAUAAAGAAAAAACAUAAAUUUUGUAUACUUCAAAAUGCCUGAUAGACAAGGUAUGAACUUAGAACAAAUCAAGACGCAUUUGCAGAGAUUUGGUGUACCAGACUAUUUGGUCUUUUUCGUAAUGUUGGUUGGCUGUGUUUUAGUUGGUGUCUAUUUUGGAUUUAUCAACAAAAAACCGAAGGUGUCAAAGAGAAAAUGUUCCGUAGUUGAAAUUGAAGAGGAUGAUUAUUUGGUCGGUGGCCGAAAUAUGAAAAUUUUCCCUGUAGCUAUGUCAUUAAUUGCCAGUUAUAUUUCUGGGAUAUCUUUGCUUGGUACCCCUACUGAAAUUUACAUACAUGGAAUACAAUUUUUCUUUAUCAUUGGUGGACUGUUUUUUAUGGGAUUUGGGAUGAUGUACAUUUUUCUUCCAGUUUUUCACGAUUUGAAAUUAACAUCGACAUAUCAGUACUUGCAACGAAGAUUUGAUAAUAGGAUAAGACUUUUUGGUUCAACGCUUUUCACGUUAGCAAUGAUCAUCUGGCUACCGAUUGUUAUUUACGUACCAGCAUUGUGUGCGAACCAAGUUACUGGUGUGAAUGUACAUUUGAUUACCCCAAUCGUAUGUGUAGUUUGCAUAUUUUAUACGUGUGUUGGAGGAAUGAAAGCAGUUGUUUGGACAGAUGUCAUUCAAACGAUUAUCAUGUUUGGUGCGAUGUUGUUAAUUUGCAUUAAGGGAACAUAUGAUGUAGGAGGCAUUGGAGUUGUAAUGCAACGAGCAUACGACAGCGGGAGAAUAGAGACACCAGCAACUGCUUUUGACCUCACAAUCAGACACAGUUAUUGGUCUUUGGUGAUUGGUGCGUUUCCUAACUGGCUUAAAACAAAUGCUGUGAGCCAAAAUAUGAUUCAGCGAUACUUAUCAUUACCAACAAAAAAAGCAGCCGUCAAAGCUUUGUGGACCUUUAUAUUUGGAGUCAUUUUUAUACUUUCUGUUUGCUGCUACAGUGGUCUCUUGAUUUACGCUACGUACCAUAAUUGUGAUCCUCUAACAACAAAACUGGCAGUAGCUAAGGACCAACUUCUUCCUUUGCUGGUAAUGGAUGUUCUGGGACUAUUCCCAGGUUUACCGGGAUUGUUUGUUGCUGGCGUAUUCAGUGCUGCUUUAAGUUCUCUUUCAACGGGGCUCAAUUCUAUGUCAGCUGUUAUUUUAGAAGAUUUUUGUAAGCCGUAUAUAAAGAAGCCUUUGACCGAGAAUCAAACUCGUUUUAUCAUGAGAGGUGUAGUAGUGGUGUUUGGCGCCAUUUGUGUCGGGUUAGUGUUUGUGGUAGAGCACUUAGGAUCAGUAUUACAAUUAUCCAUAUCACUUGGUUCAAUAUCAAAUGGACCAUUGUUAGGAAUCUUUACACUGGGAGUGUUGGUUCCCUGGGUUCAUGCUACUGGUUGUCUCUGGGGUGGAAUCGCUGGUCUUUCAACGAUGACGUAUAUUGUGACUCGAGCUCAAACAGCUAUAGCUUCCGGAGAAAUAUAUUUCAAGCCAAAACCAGUGUACACUGAUGGAUGUACAUACACGUUCAUGCCAGAAGAGACAAUAAGUCUUGCACAAAAUUUGUCAGUAAUAGUUCCAUCAACUACUCAGCAACCCCUUGAUGAAGACAUUCCAUUUGCCAUACAUAGAGUAUCUUAUUUGUUUUACACUUUGAUUGGAUCAUUGGUUACAAUAAUUGUAGCUGUUAUAGUAUCAUUUAUUACGGGAGCCAAUAAUCCCAACGAAAUGGAUGAAGCACUUUUUGCUCCUUUUGUUCGUAGAAUCAUUCGUAAAAACCGCAAAAACGACAAAAAUGAUGAUGUUUUCAUUGUGAAAGAGACAAUACCCAUAGAAUGCAAAAUAGUUCAACAAAAGAGUGUCAUAAUUGGAGAAGAUGUUUCAAUUAGUCUGCCAAAUCAGUAAAUACACAUGUCGUUGGUUUAUGCCCUCUGUUGCUUUAUAUUUUUUAGAAAUAAAAUUAAAUUGCUAAAAACCAAUAGAAGAGAUGAAUUAAGUCGUAAAUUUUUUUACAGCGAAAUUAUCACAUCAAAAUGGUCUACGUGACGUGGUAAAAAACGGCAUUUCCUGUCAUCAUUUCACCCCUCGUUAUUCCCAAUCGAAAGUAAAUAUAUAUAUAACUUGUUGCUGUAUAACGUCGUUAGUCUGUCUUGUCUAUCGACAUCUUUUCAAAAAAAAAAAAAAAAGAAAAGAAAGAAAAUUAAUGUAAAGGAAAAAUCAAAUUUACGCUUAGGAAAGCACACAAAUCUGUUACCUUACAUUUUUUU